AACCAAUUUUGUGGACUGUUUUAAGGGGAAAAAAAACAGAUUGAGACAUGGCGUUUGUGGUUUGUUAUCUUCUUGCCUUUGCGUUCUUCAAUUAUGCUGGAGCACAACAACUGCAGUCUAAUAUAAGCCGGGGCUCUGCUUUAACACCCACUACCAACUCCUCAUGGUUGUCUCGUUCUGGUAUGUAUGCCUUUGGCUUUUACAAGCAAGGCAAUGGCUUUGCUGUGGGGAUAUUUAUUGCCGGAAUCCCCGAAAAGACUGUAGUGUGGACCGCAAAUCGAGACGGUCGACUGGUCUCGGACAAUGCCAGCUUGCUCUUCACAAGUGAUGGGAUUGCCUUGCAGUCGACACAAGGGCAAAGUUUGGUGGUUGAUGCUCCGGUGCUUGUUUCCUCUGCUUCGAUGCUGGAUUCGGGUAAUUUUGUGCUGUACAAUGCGAGUCGGGCUAUAGUAUGGCAAAGCUUUGAGUACCCAACUGAUACCUUGUUGCCCAAUCAACCACUGAUAGCAGGGAUAGCAGGGAAGGAACUUGUGUCUGCUAAAUCAGAAACUGAUCACUCAUCAGGCACUUUUCGUCUCGCUAUGCAAGGUGAUGGAAACCUUGUCCAGUACCCUGUGGAUACUGGACCAGAUGGUGGUACUCAAUAUGCUUAUUAUGCGUCUAAUACGUUUACAGCAGGACCAAAUGUGUCGCUAAAUCUAGGUGUUGAUGGCCGUCUCUUCUUGCUCAAUGGUACUGGUGAUGGAAAUUUAUUGAAUCUCAGCCUCGGAGGUCUUCCAACUCAAGGAAGGUCUUAUCUUAUGAGAAUUGAUGCGGAUGGAAUUUUUCGUGUCUAUUCGUAUGAUCUGAAACAGAAAGGAAAUUGGUCCACUGAAUGGUCAUCUUCACAGGAUAGAUGUGACCCUCAAGGUGCAUGUGGAUAUAAUAGCUACUGUGUCACAAUGGGAGCAGCAAUUGACUGUAUAUGUCUUCCUGGAUUCGAAUAUGUCAACGCGGGAGAUCAGACUUUAGGUUGUGAGAGAAAUUCUUCUGUUGGAGAUGUUUGCAAAUCAAAGAAUUGGAAUUGCAACUACACCAUGCAAGAACUGGGUAGCACAAAAUGGGAGGAUGAGCCGUAUAUGGUUCUGAAACCUUCAGGCAAAGAAGAUUGCAAACAGGCCUGUUUGGGUGAUUUUAACUGUCAGGCUGCAGUUUUCGAUGGUUUAAGCUGCAGCAAGCAGAGGCCUCCUUUGAGAUAUGGAAGAAGAGAUGAGAGUACAUCAAAGAUACUUCUCCUCAAGGAGGUUGUCAUGUCUUCUGCACCUCCAGCUCCACGUGCAGUUGUUCCGAAAAGAAGCAGGAAAAAUGGUAGAAAUUUAUUCUUGAUUGUUGGCGUGUCAUUUACUGCUUUGGGGUUCAUUCUGUUGGUGAUUUCUGUAACUGUUUUAUGGAAAAACAAUGUCUGGGCAUAUAAAAGAAUGAGUGAGGUCAAUGGUGAUGCUGAGUGGAAUGAGGAUGUGACUCCACGGCCAUAUGCUUAUGAAGAUAUAGAAAAGAUGACUAAUAAUUUCAAUGAAGAGGUUGGUAGAGGAGCCUCAGGAACAGUAUACAAAGGGGUGAUUGGAAAUAGCCAAAAACUAGUUGCUGUCAAGAGACUUGAGAAAGUUGCAGCUGAAGGUGACAGAGAAUUUCAGACUGAAAUGAGAGUUAUUGGCAGAACUCAUCACCGGAACUUAGUCCGUUUACUUGGGUAUUGUCUUGACGGACCUAAGAAGCUUCUGGUGUAUGAGUACAUGAGCAAUGGUUCACUUGCAGAUAUACUCUUCACACCUGAGAGGAAACUUCAUUGGGAAGAAAGAAUGGGAAUCGCUCGCAAAAUAGCACGAGGUUUUCUUUACCUCCAUGAAGAGUGUGAUACACAGAUCAUUCACUGUGACAUAAAGCCUCAAAACAUACUGAUGGAUGAGUACAUGUGCCCAAAAAUAACUGACUUUGGAUUAUCCAAGCUGCUUCAGCCUGACGAAACCCAAAUAUGUACUGGUAUUCGAGGAACUAAAGGGUAUGUGGCACCUGAGUGGCAUAGGAAAAUCCCUGUAACAGUUAAAGUAGAUGUUUACAGCUUUGGAAUUGUGCUGUUGGAGAUAGUAUUCUGUCGAAGGAAUGUGGACUGGAGCCUUCCUCAUGAUGAAGCUAUCUUGGAUGAAUUGGUCUACCAUUAUUUUGAGAGUGGUGAGCUCAGAAAAUUGGUUGGGGAUGAAGACAUGGACAGCAGGCAAUUGGAAAGGGUGGUUAAGGUCGGAAUUUGGUGCAUCCAGGAUGAGCCGUCGCUCCGUCCUUCUAUGAAGAAGGUUCUACUUAUGUUGGAAGGGACUGUUGAAAUCCCAGUUCCUCCUAGUCCGGUUUCAUUUCUCAGUACCAUCUAG